AUGGUUUCUUCUCAGCCAUCCUCUCUGACUGCAAUCCUCGCACAGGGCCCCAACCUCUGCCCAGUAAAGAUACUUCUCCCAAUGGGCCCUCCAGAUGUUGUUUCCUCAGAGAACAUCGAGUACGAUUUCUCUGAUGUUUUUGGUUCCACCCCGGUCCAAACACCAACAAACCUUGGUGGUCUUGGUCCGGACAGUCCUUCACCUAUUGUUGAGUACAAUGAAGAAUUUUACAGUGAUCCUGUUGUCAUCAUCAACCGAUCCCAUUCUCUUGUUGGUCCAACAUCACUUGUUAGCCGCUCCUUGCGACUUAGCAAGCUUAGUCUAGGAAAAACUGAGGGAUCAUCGGAACUUGUAAAGUGCCUCUCAGAAGAAAAGGAAGGGGACCAAGGGCAGCUCAGUGAUGAAGAGCUUGGUAAUGCUAUGACGGAGGAUGAGGGCGUUGGGCUUGAUGAUUUCGAAAUCUUGAAGCUUGUUGGCCAAGGGGCAUUCGGUAAAGUAUUUCAGGUGAGAAAGAAAAACACCUCGGAGAUAUAUGCAAUGAAAGUUAUGAGGAAGGACAAGAUAUUAGAGAAAAACCAUUCUGAGUAUAUGAAAGCCGAGAGAGAGAUAUUGACAAAAGUCGACCACCCUUUCAUAGUGCAGCUGAGGUACUCAUUUCAGACAAAAUAUCGACUUUACCUUGUCCUGGACUUCAUAAACGGGGGGCAUCUUUUCUUUCAGCUCUACAAGCAAGGAUUAUUUAGGGAGGAGCUUGCACGAAUCUAUACAGCUGAAAUUGUAUCUGCCGUAGCGCAUCUUCAUGCUAAUGGAAUUAUGCAUAGGGAUCUCAAGCCCGAAAACAUCCUUCUGGAUGCUGAUGGCCAUGCCAUGCUCACAGACUUUGGCCUUGCAAAGGAAUUCUGUGAAAAUACCAGAUCAAACUCGAUGUGUGGCACUCUUGAGUACAUGGCCCCGGAAAUUAUUCUUGGCCGGGGGCAUGAUAAGGCUGCUGACUGGUGGAGCGUGGGAAUCCUGCUCUUUGAAAUGCUUACAGGCAAGCCACCAUUUGUUGGGAAUAGGGACAAAGUUCAGCAGAAGAUUAUAAAAGAUAAACUGAAGCUUCCUUCAUUUUUGUCUAGUGAAGCUCAUUCCCUUCUGAAAGGCCUCCUGCACAAGGAACCCAACAGGCGGCUGGGCAGCAGCCCCGGAGGCAGCAAUGAGAUAAAGAACCACAAGUGGUUCAAGCCAAUCAAUUGGAGGAAGCUGGAGGCCCGGCAGAUCCAGCCGAGCUUUCGGCCGAAUGUUGCUGGGCUUACCUGCAUUGCCAACUUCGACGAGUGCUGGACGAAGACGCCCGUGCUGGACUCUCCGGUGACCACCCCCGCUGGCGGCGGGCACAGCCACUUCGCAGGCUUCACCUACGUCAGGCCUGCGCCUAUCCUUGAGGAGGUGAACGCAUCCAGCUCUAGGCUGAAGGACUAA